AUGGGAAGCAUGGUGAAAAAUGAAAUCAAACUACCAAUUAAUAAUAACACAAUAGUGUUAUCAAAGUUGCUACUGCCCAUGGGUGAAUUUGUUGGUUCCCUAUAUGCGAAAGUUGCACCCAGUGCAAUUGUGACGAACAGCCAUAAGUUAAUGUCAAGGGGCGAAGUUCGGACCAGAAGUAAUAUCAGUGGAAGGUUAAAGAAUGGUAAAAAUG